AGGGAGAGCCACCGCCACCUCCGCGCGGCACUUUUCCCUCCGCAACACCAGGGGGCGACGUGCCGGCGGCGCGGCGCUCUGGCCCGCGGCGGUCGGUCGCCUCCACGUGGGGCUGCAGGAUGGCGGCGACUGCGGCCAGGCCGGACGAGGCGGCACGCGACGUGCAGCGGCUGCUGGUGCAGUUCCAGGAUGAGAGCGGGCAGCUGCUGGGCUCCCCGUUCGAUGUGCCCGUGGACAUCACGCCAGACCGGCUGCAGCUCGUGUGCAACGCGCUGCUGGCCCAGGAGGAGCCCCUGCCGCUGGCCUUCUACGUGCACGAUGCCGAGAUCGUGUCCUCACUGGGGAAGACGCUCGAGUCCCAGGCGGUGGAGACAGAGCAGGUCCUGGACAUCGUCUACCAGCCGCAGGCCAUCUUCAGGGUCCGGGCCGUGACCCGCUGCACCAGCUCCUUGGAGGGACACAGUGAGGCUGUCAUCUCUGUGGCCUUCAGCCCCACGGGAAAGUACCUAGCCAGUGGCUCUGGAGACACUACCGUGCGCUUCUGGGACCUCAGCACCGAGACACCGCAUUUCACGUGCAAGGGGCACAGACACUGGGUCCUUAGCAUAGCAUGGUCCCCAGAUGGCAAGAAGCUGGCUUCGGGCUGCAAGAAUGGCCAGAUUCUCCUAUGGGACCCCAGCACGGGGAAGCAGGUGGGCCGGACCCUUGCCGGCCACAGCAAGUGGAUCACAGGCCUGAGUUGGGAGCCCCUGCACGUGAACCCCGAGUGCCGCUACGUGGCCAGCAGCUCCAAGGAUGGCAGCGUGCGGGUGUGGGACACAACGGCAGGCCGCUGUGAGCGCAUCCUCACGGGGCACACACAGUCAGUCACCUGUCUCCGCUGGGGAGGAGACGGGCUGCUCUACUCUGCUUCCCAGGACCGUACCAUCAAAGUCUGGAGGGCUCACGACGGUGUGCUGUGCCGGACGCUGCAAGGCCAUGGCCACUGGGUGAACACCAUGGCACUCAGCACCGACUACGCCCUGCGCACAGGGGCCUUCGAGCCAGCCGAGGCCACAGUGAAUGCCCAAGACCUGCAGGGGUCCUUGCAGGAGUGGAAAGAGAAGGCACUGAGUCGCUACAACCUUGUGCGGGGCCAGGGCCCGGAGAGGCUGGUGUCUGGCUCAGAUGACUUCACCCUGUUCCUGUGGUCCCCAGCAGAGGACAAGAAGCCCCUGGCACGGAUGACGGGACACCAGGCCCUCAUCAAUCAGGUGCUUUUCUCCCCCGACGCGCGCAUCGUGGCCAGCGCCUCCUUUGACAAAUCCAUCAAGCUAUGGGACGGCAGGACUGGCAAGUACCUGGCCUCCCUGCGUGGCCAUGUGGCCGCAGUGUACCAGAUUGCAUGGUCUGCUGACAGCCGGCUGCUGGUGAGCGGCAGCAGUGACAGCACGCUGAAGGUGUGGGAUGUGAAGGCCCAGAAGCUGGCCACAGACCUACCAGGCCACGCCGAUGAGGUGUAUGCUGUCGACUGGAGCCCGGAUGGCCAGAGAGUCGCCAGCGGCGGGAAGGACAAGUGCCUGCGGAUAUGGAGGAGAUGAGGAGCCCCAUGUUUCUCUCAACCCUUCCUUGAUGGUGUCUUAGCCGGCUGCCUGCCCUGCAGGAGCAGAACUGGGGUGGCCUUGCAUAGCCCCUCACCGGUGGUGACCUGAGGAUGCCGAUGUACCCUGUUCGGUCUCUGUAGGUGCCUUCCCUGUGGCACCACCCAGGGCCAGAAACCAGAGGUUGUCUCAGGUCGGGGCCCCACUCUUGACUGGCUGACCAGCCUCCGAUGCUGCCCCUGUAUUCUUUUCCAAGGGUCAGCUCUGCUCAGGGGCAAACCACAGGUUGUGUG